CAGCGAGAGUGCAACAAAGAGCGCGACCCGAAGCCAUUCCCCCCGAUCGACCCAGGCCCACGCGUGGGAGGGAGCCAACUCGCCUACCUGAAUGCCGCAGAAGCAGCAAGAACAACGAAAAGAGCAUGAUCAACACCUUGAUCAUCCCGCUGCGGACACUGGCGAGCCGAAAUCAACAGCAGAGGAUCACAGUGUUCAGAUCUACUUCUUCAGCGGAAAUCCUUAUGUGUACGCAUUGUACGACAACCUUCUGUCGCUCCUGCGCAUCCGGGGGCACGCUAAAGGACGCCGGAUCUCCACACUUCUUGUGACCUAUCCCUCUUUGCCCGAUUUCUUCCUAGCUGACCCUCAGGCAGCCUUUGCCUACAUCGCCAAGGACGUGCACCAGCAAAUCUGGGCCCACGAACGCGCCCGUCAUUCGCCUUCUCCUACCCACACUCUUCUCGUCGGUCAUUCCUUUGGCGCCUACAUUGCCAACCUACUGCUGCCCCAUCUCACGCCCGUUCCGAUAGCAUCCAUCUACCUCUUCCCAUUCCUCUCGGAGCCCUCUUGGCGGGGCAAGCUCCAGCUCGCUCUCGCCGACCAAGCCUACCGACGAACUCCUUUCUUGGGUAGCGCUGUCCAUGGUGUCACCUCUUGCCUCUUUGAUUGGGUCCUGCGCUUCAUCUCUUCGCCGUUCAAGCGGCAGAGCCUAGGUGGCGGCAUUGAUCCUGAAACACUUCGCGCCAUUUUGCGUGUGGCCGCUUGUGAGCGUGCCGAGAUCGGGGGCAAAGGUCCGGACCUUUCCCAUGUUGACAUGCAUGGGGAGCGGCAUGGCAGCAUGCCCUACCUGGUGUACACGGAGGGGGACGAGUGGAGCCCUCGGUACGUGUGGGACGCCUGGCCGGAGGAGCGCCGCGUGGACAUGAGUCACGUGCCGCACGCCUUUCCCUGCCACGAGGCGCAUGACGAGGAGGUGUGCGAGACUGUGCUGCAGAUCGUCGGGAAGGUGGUGGGAGGGCAUGAAGGCAAGGAGGCUCUGACCGACACCCGGGCCAGGCUCUAG